AUGCAAGCCUACCAAGUUACCGAGCACGGAAAACCUCUUGAGCGGCGCCAGGUCGCAAAACCAAUUCCCACUGGACAUCAAGUUUUGGCCAAAACAACCGUUUCAGGUGUCUGCCACACAGAUGUUCAUGUCGCAGCUGGUGAUUGGGGCACCUUGAAGCUUCCAUUGACGCCGGGUCAUGAAGGCGUCGGGGUUGUUGAGGCUGUUGGCUCCGAAGUGACCACAAUAAAAAUCGGGGACCGGAUUGGGGUUGCGUGGCUGGGGAGUUCGUGCAUGGAUUGCUAUCUUUGCAAAGACGGUCGAGAGAACAUGUGCGAAAAUCAGAAACAGACUGGUUUCGUUCAAGAUGGCUCAUUCGCAGAGUACUUUAUAGCGGAUGAGAGAUUUGCUGCAAAAAUUCCGAGUGGCGUGAGCGAUGCAGAAGCAGCGCCAGUUCUCUGUGCUGGAGUAACUUCCUAUAAAGCCUUGCGCAUGGCCAAUGCUCCAGCCGGAGCUCGCAUUGUAAUUGCUGGUGCUUGUGGUGGUUUAGGCCAUCUGGCUAUUCAAUAUGCUAAAGCCAUGGGUUAUGAAGUCAUUGCUCUCGAUGUUUUUGACGAAGCUAAAGAAGUCAUGACCAAAGAGCUUGGUGCCGAUUUUAUCAUCAAUCUUGGGAGGCGAGAAAAAGUCAGUUGUCGAAAAGCUCAAUUCCAUUGA